UUUCUCCUCCCUCCCUCUCUCUCCCCCUCUCACCUUCCAGCAGUGCAUGCCUGGCAUCGAACACAGAGGAGCAGUGCAAGGUGGACACACACUCCAGGACAGACAGACGCACACCAUCCCUCACACACCCUCACGCACAGACACUGUCAGUGGCUUCAGCUGAGGACCGGAGGAACACACCAGUUCCAGAGCAGAGGACUUGUGGAUGGAUGGAUUUACAAAACCACUUGUGUUUUUCUUGAAGGAGUGAGAGAGGAGAGGAGGAGACAGACAGACAGACAGACAGGGCUGGCCCAGUGCUGCUGUGCUGUCUGGAGCUUGUUGACCCAGCAGUGACUGGCUCUGCUCCCAGGACAGGCAGCAUGCUGACAGCUGGUGCUCGGACCCCCCUGGGAGACUGACCCAUCAUGUCUACAUGGAGCCCCCCUCCCAGCCUCCCUGCCCAGCCCAGCGCCUCCUCCCUCUGCCUGGGCUGGGUCUCCCUGCUCCUGCUGCUUCCAGCCUCCACCCUUGGGCUCUGCCUAGGCUCCCCGGGCCCCCUCGCCCCCCCGGGCCCUCUGGCCAGGGCCGGCUGCUCGUCCUGGCUGCUGGACCGACGGGUUAGUGAGAAGGUUAGUGAGAGGGUUAGUGACAAGGUUAGUGAGAGGGUUAGUGACAAGGUUAGUGAGAGGGUUAGUGACAAGGUUAGUGAGAGGGUUAGUGACAAGGUUAGUGAGAAGGUUAGUGAGAGGGUUAGGGUAAGACGGCCGCGCAGCUACAACCACCUGGAGGGCGACGUGAGGCUCCGGAGACUCUACUCUGCAAACAGGUUCUUCCUCUGCAUCGACAAGGCCGGCAAGGUGGACGGAACACGCCGGAAAAACUAUGCAGAGAGUCUGCUGGAGAUCCGCUCGGUCAAAGUCGGGGUUGUGGCCAUCAAAUCUGUCAGCACCGGUCUGUACCUGGCCAUGUCCAAGAAAGGAACUCUCUUCGGCUCGGCGAAGUACAGCCCCAGCUGUAAGUUUAAGGAGCGGAUCGAGGAGAACGGUUACAACACCUAUGCCUCAGUCCGCUGGAAACAUGGCGGCCGGCAGAUGUUUGUGUCUCUGAACGGCCGGGGGAAACCGCGGCGAGGCCACAAGGCCCGCAGGAGACACCCCUCCACCCACUUCCUCCCCAUGCUGCCUUCCUAGCUACGCCCCCUGCGCUGCUAUUGGUCAGCCCUCACACCCAGGCCUGCCCACCUGUGUUGUGGAUGUACAGUGAUGUUCAUAUACUGCCGCCUGCCUCUCUCUCCAGACCUCCCACUCUCUGGAACACCUGACCCCUGACCCCUCAACUCCACCCUGACUCUGACCCUACGGGGUGGGGUUCUCCAUGCUGGUCUGACCCCUGACCCAUCAGCACCCUGACACCAGGGGGUAAUCCCCCUGCCCCCACAAUCUCCCACCCUUCCACCCUCGUCCUCUACCCCCCCAGUUCCCCAGUCUUCAG